AUGAAAAUCUUGAGCUUAUUGAUCGGAACUCUGCUCGGACAGGACAUGGGUCCUGAGCCCGCGCCGGAACCGACGAAGAAAACCAACAUCCUGUUUAUAAAUAUGAACCGGGCAAAUAUCCAGAUGAACAUGGGCAACUUCACUAAUUCGAGCGUUCCUACAAUUGAUGCUUCAGGAGGCUCAUUCGACUUGAUGACAAACCUCAAUACCUCCGAACAAGCCACCCUCGAAACAAUGCUUUCGAACACCGAAGUCGAGUCUGGCCUAAAAAUCCUCGCCGAAAAAAUCCCCGGAUUCUCGACAUUCUACGACGCUCUCUACCCCUCCGAAACGACCACCUCCACAUAA